AUGGCCUCUACUACUACAACUACCCAACCACUUGUCAGCGCCAUGAAGUCGAAUAAUAGCGAAGAUCGCCGCCGUCGUCGUGUCUGCUUUGGCGACUUGGAGAUUCACGAGUUUCCGCUCAUCAUGGGGGACAACCCGCACUGCGAUGGCGCUCCACUGCAGCUCAGUUGGAAGCCAUCGAACGAGAGCGUCGUAGACAUUGACUUUUACGAAUAUACCCGCGAUCCCCGCCGCAGCAAGAAGAAGAUGCACAUGGCCGGAGUCGACCGCGAGAUUUACCUCUUGUCCAUUGGGUACAGUUUGGAUGAGGUUUUGGAUUGCGCCGAAAAGGGAAAGAAGACACGCAAGGAACGAUACAGUUCGUUUCAGAACAAGAAAUGGGAUCGAUUCCACGUUGUCAUGGAAUCCGCCCGAGAGAAGCUACGGCCCGGAGCACAACACCACAUUGUCUCGGCCAAGACUGCCUAA